GCCGCCAUCCUCUUCGCCUACCCCACAGCCCUCCUAGACGCGCUCCCCGCCUACAGAUCCACCCCUCCCAGCCCGUGCAAGCACCCGGCUCGUCGCCUGCUGAUCCUCCUUCGACACAGGCUCACCGCGGAGGCAGCAGCGAGGUGUCCGAUUUGGGCACGUGAGGCCCGCGACCCGGGGCGGCGGACGCCAGCUAGGGCAGGGCCAUUGGCAUGAAGACCCCCAACGCACAGGAGGCCGAAGGGCAACAAACCAGGGCAGCUUCGGGACGGGCUACUGGGUCCACAAACAUGACGAAGAAAAAAACCUCCCAAAAGAAGCAGAGAGGCAGACCUUCGUCCCAGUCCCGCAGGAACAUCGUGGGCUGCAGAAUUUCACAUGGAUGGAAGGAAGGUGAUGAGCCCAUCACCCAGUGGAAAGGAACCGUUCUGGAUCAGGUGCCUAUAAAUCCCUCUCUUUAUCUGGUGAAAUAUGAUGGAAUUGACUGUGUCUAUGGACUGGAACUUCACAGAGAUGAAAGAGUUUUGUCUCUUAAAAUUCUUUCCGAUAGGGUGGCAUCAUCUCAAGUCGGUGAUGCCAACCUUGCAAACACCAUAAUCGGUAAAGCUGUGGAACAUAUGUUUGAGGGUGAGCAUGGUUCUAAGGAUGAAUGGAGGGGAAUGGUCUUAGCCCAAGCACCUAUCAUGAAAGCCUGGUUUUAUAUUACCUAUGAGAAAGAUCCUGUCUUGUACAUGUACCAGCUUCUAGAUGAUUAUAAAGAAGGAGACCUCCGUAUCAUGCCAGAGUCCAGUGAGUCUCCUCCAGCAGAGAGGGAGACAGGAGGAGUUGUAGAUGGCCUGAUAGGUAAACAUGUGGAAUAUACCAAAGAAGAUGGCUCCAAACGGAUUGGCAUGGUCAUUCACCAAGUGGAAGCCAAACCCUCUGUGUAUUUCAUCAAGUUUGAUGAUGAUUUCCAUAUCUAUGUCUAUGAUUUGGUGAAAAAGUCCUAACUGUUAGGGUAAACUUUGCCACAUUUGUGAGAACAAAUGUAUACUUUGUAGACGUGCAAAACAAUGUUGCUUUUCAGUGUAUUGAAAGCUUAAGGGUCCCUGUUAAUUCAACAUCUUUGCCAGCAUAACUGUUGUUUUUUUUUUUUUUUUUUUGAAAAUACAAAUUUAUGUGGACAUGACAUGCUGUGUGUAAGGACUUUGUCAUGUUGAAAAGAUUGGGUGUGUUUGGUGGAUGGGGCAUGAAAGGAAGGGACAGCUGUAAAUGCAGGCUGUGAAUAAAGUUCAGCUAGUAUCAUAAUCAGUCAUCUAAAAAUGGAAUAGGACUUAGCUGGUCUGGUCUAGAGAGGGGGGAGGAGAAGGAACUAGAGAUGGGCUGUAGAGGGAGGGAGAAGGGGAGGUGACUGCUUAGGAAGAGGCUCCCUGGAGGAGGGAUGGCCUAAGAGAGAGAGGCACCCAACUAGGAGGGGGUAGAGAAUAACAGAGAGAGAGUGAGAUCUUGGGGCUUAGAGGAAAACAAACAGAAUGCGUUGAGUAGAGAGGGUCUCAAAGUAGCUUAGAAGAGGUCCAGAGCAAGGGGCAGGGGGAGAGAAAGUUGGCAGGAAUCUGGAGGGUACUCAAAGGGUCUGCAUGAAUAAGGAGCCAUAAGGGGAGGAACACUGAGGAAGACAGAAUUCCAAGCAGAAAUAUUGACAGAGGAAGUGAGAAUGCAGAAAAGGAGGUAUGGGGAAUGGGGCCCAGGAGACAUGGGAAAGCCCAGGAAAAAGUUGGACUUCUGGCAGUAUCCACAUUGCCUUUCAUGGCUCUGUGCAGAGAGGAUGUGACAGCUGUCAAAGAAGCCAAAUGGGUUGGAAGUUCCCUAGAAUGGCAUUUUGACAGGGAUGACUUGAGUUAAGUAGGAGCCAACUUUAUACCUAAAAGGCUUUUCUUAUUUCAGGGAGCUCAUGCCACACCUGCCGAGCAGAACCCAAACCCUCGGCUUAAACACACUGACCUGACACCCCAUGAGCUGGGGGCUGUAAGCAGUCUCCUCACUUUUCCCAGAGGACCAGGUGCAGUAAUCUUGGACCCGGAGGUCUUGGUUCAUUUCCCUUACACUGGAUAAACAAUUCUUGUGGGGCGUAGGUAAGCAGAGUGCUCAGGACUUAAGAGAUGUGCCUCCUUGCGUUUGGAAAGUAUUUUAUCCAAAAAAAAUUAGAACCUUACUGAAGUCAGGUACAGGAGUCCCCUCACUGUUCUUUCUCCUACUGGACUGUGCGUUGCCUCCCUAGAGAGGAGGGGCAUCAGAGGAUUGAGCCUAAUGUUUAUCUCAGGACAUGGGGAGUACUUGACAGUCCAUGCCUAGCUCAGCAGCUGCCUGAAACCACAGGUGGUUCCACCCAAUGCUUCACUGAAUGGAGGUCUGCUGCCUCUAGAGUCCCUAUUCAGGCUAUACCGUGACAAAGCUGGUGGCUACUGACCCUUCACAGGUACCUCCUGACCAGCCUUGCCCACCUCAAGCACACAGGGAAGCUGUGAUGGAAGUUUGUGCAGCUCUGUUUCCAGGUGAGAUGGAUGGCAUGGGGCAGUCGGGCCGGGAGUUGUGACUUUGUAUAACUAACUCUUUCAACUGUAUAAUGCCACAUAGAGGGACGGUGGUUGGUGGGGAGAGGGUGCAGUGACCCCAAUAAAGUCCCUCAGGGGUAUGGCGCUCUA